AUGAGUGGUUCGUCGAUUCCAGCGAAGCAGGAGAAAACGGAUGAUGUCUGGCGUGUCAUUCAAUAUGAACCAAUAGAUUUAAAACUGAUCAAGAAUUUGGUAGAAAAACAUGGAAUUGAUGUAAAUAGUGUAAAUCCCCAUGAUCAAACUCUUCUUCAUGUUGUUCUUGAGAGAUCAGGGUUUCAAUUACUCGACAUUAUUAAGUAUUUGGUAGAGCAUGGUGCUCCAUUAAAUAGGGGAGACAUAUGGGGGAAAACAGUUCUUCACAGCGCUGUAGAGUGUGGAUCCUUAGAUACUGUCAAAUAUUUAGUUGAGCAUGGUGCGGAAGUAAAUAGCAAUAUUGGGUGGGGCAUAACAGCUCUUCACAGUGCGGUAGAACACGGAUCACUAGGAAUUGUUAAGUUUUUAGUCGAGCAUGGUGCAGAAGUGAAUGGUAAAGGUUUGUGGGACAAAACGGCCCUUCAAAGAGCUGUAAAAUGUGGGUUACUGGAUAUUGUCAAGUAUUUAGUUGAGCAUGGUGCUGAAGUAAAUGGGAAAGAUAAUUUUGGCAAAACUGUUCUUCACAGUGCUGUAGAGUAUAGAUCACUAGAUAUUGUCAAGUAUUUGGUUGAACAUGGUGCUGAAGUAAAUGGUAAAAAUAAGUGGAUCUCCACAGUUCUUCACAGUGCAGUAGUGUGUGGAUCACUUGAGAUUGUCGAACAUUUAGUUGAGCAUGGUGCUGAUGUGAAUGGUAAAGAUUUGUCGAACAAAACAGUUCUUCAGGUUGCUGUAGAGUAUGGAUCGCUAGAGGUUGUCAAGUAUUUAGUUGAGCGUGGUGCUAAAGUAAAUGGAAAAGGUCAGUGGGAAACCUUUCUUUACAGUGCUGCAGAAUGCAGAUUUCUUGAUAUUUUCACGUAUUUAGUUGCGCAUGGUGCUGAAGUAUAUGGUGAAAGUUUGUGCGUCAAAACAGCUUUUCACAAUGCUAUAAAAUAUGGAUCACUAGGUGCUGUCAUGUGUUUUGUUGAACACGGUGCGGAAGUAAAUGGUGUUGGUGUGUCGGGUAGAACACCUCUUCAAAAUGCAGUAGAGUAUGGAUCAUUCGAGAUUCUCAAGUACUUAGUUGAACAUGGUGCUGAAGUAAAUGGCAAAGAUAAGUGGGGUAAACCAUUUCUUCACAAUGUAGUGGAGUGUGCAUCACUGGAGAUUGUCAAGUAUUUAGUUGAACAUGGCGCUGAAGUAAAUGGCAAAGAUAUGAUGGGAAAAACAGCCCUCUACAGUGCUCUAAAGUACGGAUCACUAGAGAUCGUCAAGUAUUUAGUUGAACAUGGUGCUGAAGUAAAUGGUAAAGAUCGGAACAACAAAACGGCACUUCACAAUGCUGUCGAGUGCGGAUCACUAGACAUUGUGAAGUAUCUUGUUGAAUUUGGCGCUGAGGCAAACGGUAAAGACAUUUGGAGCGAAACAAUUCUUCACAGUGCGGUAAAGCAUAGAUUUGUUGACAUAAUGAAAUGUUUAGUUGAAAAUGGUGCCGAUAUCAAUUGUACAGAUUUUGUUGGCAGGACAGCUGUUGAACUCGCUGUGUGGUUACACGAUAUAGAACUUGUACAAUAUUUAGUUGAACAUGGUGGUGAUGUGCAUUCUAAAAGCUGGCUCGGAAACCAAAUGGAUCUACCCUGUACACUAGAGCUUGGAUCAGAAGACAAGUUUAAUUACAGAUAUGGUUUUGAAAAUACACAUUUUGAGGAAUAUAAAGGGAAGUUUGAUCUUGGUAUUGACAUUCUAGAGAUGGCUGUAGUCCACAAUUUGAUCGAUUUCGUACAGCUUCUUAUAGACAAGGACAUUGAUGUUAGACGAGCUGAAAACGUUCUGAUUGAGGAAGGCAAAAAGACUCUUAUUGAGCAUAGUAGAGAACUUGGUCAUCAUGAGAUUACAAAUAUUCUAAAGUUGGAAUUAAAGAAGUCUGUUAAACACCGUGGGAAAAUUCAAAUGUUGAAAACAAUGAAUCACAAACAGUCAAAUAAGGUAAUACAUAAGCAUUUAAUACUUGGUAAAUUCUUAUCAUAUAUGACACCUUGGAGUGACAAACUGACGGCAAAAUAUGAAACUUAG